AUGUCGCUGAACUUAGUAGAACUAGUUAAGUGUGCUAAGGAAGCAGAGUUAGAAGUUCAGGAGAGGGAAAGACAGCGCGAAUAUGAAGCGAACGAGGCCGAGAAGCAGCGUGCCCACGAGCUGGCCCUUGCUCGCGUGAGACCCGAGAACCUUUCACUCAAUGACAGUCGUGAUCAUUACCCUAAAUUAAGAAUGCCUCUAUUCACUGAUGGUAAUGAUGAUAUUGAUGAUUAUUUGCGUAGAUUUGAGAAAUUAGCUGCUUUGCAAGGAUGGAAUUCUAAUGAUUAUCAUAUUUACCUUGGCUCACUCUUGGGAGGUAAGGCCUUGCAAAUUUACGUAAGUUUGGCAGACGACAUUUUGAAGGAUUACAGUCAGUUAAAAGACGCGUUGUUGAAGGCGUAUAACGUUGACGCUGACUCAUACCGUAAAAAGUUCAAAGAAAGCAAAGUUGGUGAUACUGAGACUUACGUUCAGUUAAUUACGAGAAUGACCCAGUAUUUAGAUCACUGGUUAAUCAUGAGUAGUGUCGAAAGGGAAUACAACUCGUUGUUUGACUUUUUGAUACAAGACCAGCUGUUGAGUAAUUGCCCUCUUGACCUUCGCAUCUUUCUCAAAGAACGGACGUUCGCAAGUACAGUGGAAAUGGCUCAAACAGCAGAUAGGUAUCGUUGCGCCCAUAGAGCUGGUAGAGGUCAUAAAACACCUGUUAAAGAUGAAUCUGCUUAUAAGAAAGAUACGAAUGUUCCCCUUAAGGAUGUGAUUUGUCACCACUGUUCCAAAGUGGGUGACAUACGUCCUUCUUGCCCCGAACUUAAAUUCGCGAAACCCAAGACUUCUCAGAAAGUAAAUGCUGCAUUUAAGGCUAAUGUAAAUUACGAUCGCAAGUACAGUAUUACGUGUGAUGGAUCCUUAAAUGGCAAGCCAGUGAAUGUACUUUUUGAUUCGGGUUGCUCGUCAGUUAUAGUGAAGGAAUCGCUCGUGCCCGCCUCGGUCAAGCGAGGAAAGGUGGUUGCGCUGUAUGACUACCUGGGGGAGCGGCGCGAAUUCCCCACCGCACGUUGUCUGAUUAGGAGUAAAUUCCUGAAUGGGUGGUUUGACGUCGUGGUUGCGCCGAUAAAGUUCACGGAUGUCCUCAUAGGUAUGGUGCCGGGGGUCAAGGCGUCGAGCGUGAACAUUCCGAACACGAAAGCAGCCAAAACUCCUCAGAGGAGCGAAAUUAAUGCUGUUGCGACGCGGGCCGCCAAAGCGAAGGAAAAUGUCGGUCCUGACAAACUAAUUGUUCCCAGCUUCAAAUUUGAGAACGUCUCUAAGCAAGACUUCAUGGAUGCUCAGUCCUCUUGCCCGUCUCUAGAACACAUUCGUUCUAAGGAAAGAAUUAAAGCUAUUGUCACUGUUAAAAGUCGUUCGGUAAAAUUCGAACGAGUAAAUGGGUUGAUUUACCGUAUUUGCGUAAAGAGCAAACACGAACACGAAAUCGGAGAGAAACAAUUGGUUGUGCCCCGUAGAUUUAUUCCAAUAAUUUUGUCUAUGGCUCACGAUUCCCCUUUGGCAGGUCAUUUCUCUCAUCGAAAGACUACAGAAAAGGUAUUCCAUAAAUUCUUUUGGCCAGGAGCAGGCGCAGAGAUCAAACGCUACUGUCGCUCUUGUCAUGCUUGCCAGAAAACGGUCCCUAAGGGCAAGAUCAGAAAGGCCCCCAUGGUUCAGAUGCCAGUCAUAAGCGAGCCGAUUUCCCGAGUAGCGAUUGAUAUCGUCGGGCCGAUCUCCCCGCCCUCGAGCCGAGGCCACAAGUAUAUGUUGACCUUGAUUGACAUGGCCACCAGAUUUCCUGAGGCAGUUCCUCUGAGAAAUAUCGACUCGGUAACUGUUGCUGAAGCGUUGUUAACCAUUUUCGCUCGUGUAGGAAUACCGAAAGAGAUUCUUUCUGAUCGUGGUACACAAUUUAAGUCUGAUUUGAUGGCAGAGAUCAACCGAUUACUUUCUGUUAAAGCAUUAUACACCAGUCCGUAUCACGCGUGUUGUAAUGGUACCGUCGAACGUUUUCACGCAGUGCUAAAAGCUAUGUUGAAAAAGCUCUGCAGCGAACGACCACAUGACUGGGAUCGUUACAUCCCAUCCGUCUUGUUUGCGUAUCGCGAGAUUCCUCACGAUACGCUAAAAUUUAGUCCGUUUGAGUUGCUGUACGGCCGUAAAGUACGUGGCCCUUUAUCAAUUCUGCAUAAUUUAUGGACUAAAGAUAUUGAUGGGGAGGUUAAGAGUACCUAUCAAUAUGUAUUAGAUCUGAGAUCUAGAUUAGAACAAUCGGCUCAACUAGCAUCCGCUCAUGCAGACGUGAAUAGCAGAAUGUACAAGACGUACUUCGACAGGAAAGCUAGAGCUCGAACGUUAAAAGAAGGGGAUGAAGUACUUGUGUUGUUGCCAACUUCGCAUAACAAACUAACUGUUCAGUGGAAGGGUCCCUAUUCUGUUGUACGCAAGCAUGAAAAUGGUGUAGACUAUGGAAUAAAAAUAAAAGGGAAAAUAAGGCUUUAUCAUGUGAACAUGCUGAAGAAAUAUGAAAGACGCGAAAAUGGCAUUUCUCACUCUCAGGUGUGCCAAGCUUGCGUGGUAGAUGCUUCUGAUCCCAUAGAUAAGAACGCUAAUGGCGUAUGUGAUAUACCCGAAUUGUAUAAUCCUGGUAAAUACGAAUUUAAUUUUAACUCUGAACUCUCAAAUGAACAAACCUCAGAGCUAAACCAUCUAAUCGCUGAUUUUCUUGACGUAUUUGUCGAUAAACCAGGCAUGACCAGUACAGUAGUUCAUGAUAUUCAUUUGACUACAGAGGUUCCCGUUCAUACGAAGCCUUAUCCUAUUCCAUAUCAUUUACGUAACGCUUUUGACGAGGAAGUGGAAAGGAUGAGGGAAUUGCGAGUAAUUGAACCGUCAACCUCUGCUUAUUGUUCACCUGUAGUACAGGUGAAGAAGGCCGACAACUCGUGGCGCUUUUGUGUAGAUUUCAGGUCUCUUAAUGACAUAAGCCUCUUUGACGCUGAGCCGAUGCCGACCAUGGAAGAAGCGUUGGGUAGUUUCGUGGGAGAUUCAUACUUUACGGAAAUUGAUCUCUGUAAGGGUUACUGGCAAAUUCCUCUGAGUGAUAAGGCGAAGCAGUACACCGCGUUUGCUACACAGAAGUAUGGCCUUAUGCAGUUUAGAAAAUUACCAUUCGGUUUACGUACGGCGUGCGCUACUUUCAUUAGACUGAUGCGUAAGGUAACUGCUGGUCUAAACAAUGUUAAUUGUUAUUUUGACAACUUGGUUAUACAUAGUCAGACAUUUUCUGAUCAUCUUUUGCAUUUGAGGAAAGUUUUGGAGCGUUUACGCGAGCACGGGUUAACCGCCGGGCCAAGUAAAUGUUAUUUUGCUUAUCCUAGCAUAAAAUAUCUAGGAUUUAAUCUUAGUGAUAAGGGAUUAAGUACACUUCCUGAUAAAGUUAGUGCCAUUAAGAACAUGCCUUUACCGGAGACGAAGAAGCAGUUACGCAGCUUUCUCGGAACUCUCUCGUUCUACCGAAAGUUCAUUCCGAAUCUGGCAAACCUCGCAUAUCCCCUGAAUGCUUUGUUAAAGAAAUUUAGUCCUAAUAAACUGAAUCUGACCCCUAGCCUCGUUGACAGGAUUAACGAAUUAAAAGAUCUCUUGAUGAAUGCCCCUAUUCUAACUUUGCCCGACUACAGUAAGACUUUCUAUCUUCGCACUGACGCGAGUGAUACUGGCCUCGGGGCCGUCUUGUUGCAAAGUGUCGAUGGCGUCCUCGUGCCCAUCGCCUACGCAAGUAGAAAACUUAAAGAUCGGGAGACUCGUUACGCUGUCAUUGAACGAGAAGGGUUGGCGAUCGUUUGGGCGAUCGAAAAAUUCUAUUGUUAUUUGUAUGGACGCGAAUUUAUUCUGCAAACUGAUCAACAGCCAUUAAAGUAUAUUAAAAACAUGAAAAACAGCAACGGUCGGCUUAUGCGCUGGUCACUCGCCCUUCAGUCACAUUCAUUCACAAUAGAAUAUAUAAAAGGCCAAGAAAAUGUUGGAGCUGACAUACUCAGCCGAUGUUCUGUAUAA